GUGGGGGCGGAGCCUGGCAGUCUCAGAGGAGCGCUGCGGCUGGGCCGGCGCCCCUCAGAUGCCAGGAGAUGCAAGAGCCGCUGCUGGGCGCUGAGGGCCGCGACUAUGACACCUUCCCCGAAGGGCCGCCGGCGCCGGGACCUCGGACGCGGCCCGGGGCCCUGCAGAGCAAAAAGGUGUUCCUGGCCACCUUCGCCGCUGUGCUGGGCAAUUUCAGCUUCGGCUACGCCCUAGUCUACACGUCCCCCGUCAUCCCUGCCCUGGAGCAUUCCUCCGACCCAGAUCUGCGUCUGAGCAAAACCCAGGCAUCCUGGUUCGGGUCCGUCUUCACCCUGGGUGCUGCAGCCGGAGGCCUCAGUGCCAUGCUGCUCAACGAUCUGCUGGGCCGGAAGUUGAGCAUCAUGUUCUCAGCCGUGCCCUCCGCCAUCGGCUAUGCACUCAUGGCAGGCGCCCACGGCCUCUGGAUGCUGCUGCUGGGGAGAACGUUGACAGGCUUCGCUGGGGGGCUCACAGCCGCCUGCAUCCCGGUGUACGUGUCCGAGAUCGCUCCCCCCGGUGUUCGGGGGGCCCUGGGAGCCACGCCGCAGCUCAUGGCAGUGUUCGGGUCCCUGUCCCUCUAUGCUCUAGGCCUCCUCCUGCCCUGGCGCUGGCUGGCAGUGGCCGGGGAGGGGCCUGUGUUCGUCAUGGUCCUGCUGCUCAGCUUCAUGCCCAACUCCCCCCGCUUCCUGCUCUCCCGGGGGCGGGAGGAGGAGGCUCUGAGGGCACUGACCUGGCUGCGCCACACCACCGACACCCAGGACGUGCGCUGGGAGUUUGAGCAGAUCCAGAACAACGUCCAGCGACAGAGCAGCCGCGUGUCUUGGGCUGAGAUCCGGGAGCCCCACAUGCACCGGCCCAUCCUCAUCGCUCUGCUGAUGCGCUUCCUACAGCAGCUGACGGGCAUCACGCCCAUCCUGGUCUACCUGCAGCCCAUCUUCGACAGCACAGCUGUGCUGCUGCCACCUGAGGACGACGCGGCCAUCGUGGGGGCUGUGAGGCUCCUGUCCGUGCUGAUCGCCGCCCUCACUAUGGACCUGGCUGGCCGCAAGGUUCUGCUCUUCGUGUCAGCAACCAUCAUGUUUGCUGCCAACCUGACACUGGGCUUGUAUGUGGACCUUGGACCGAAGACUCCAGCCCCCAACCACACUGUGGGCCUGGAGAGCAUGCCCUUGGGGGGCACGGAGCAGCCCCCGGCCACACCCACCAGCUACCUCACCCUGGUGCCUCUGCUGGCCACAAUGUUCUUCAUCAUGGGCUACGCUAUGGGCUGGGGGCCCAUCACCUGGCUCCUCAUGUCUGAGAUCCUGCCCCUGCGUGCCCGUGGGGUGGCCUCAGGGCUCUGUGUGCUGGUCAGCUGGCUCACGGCCUUCGCCCUCACCAAGUCCUUCCUGCUCGUGGUGAACGCCUUCGGCCUGCAGGUGCCUUUCUUCUUCUUCGCGGCCAUCUGCCUGCUGAGCCUGGUGUUCACGGGCUGCUGUGUGCCAGAGACCAAGGGCCGCACGCUGGAGCAGAUCGAGUCCUACUUCCGCACAGGGAGGAGGUCCUUCCUGCGCUAGGUGGAGGCGCCCAGGACACAUGCACACUGCACCUGUGACCAGGAGCUGGCAGCAGACUGUUACCAUGGUGCUGUACACACAGGCCGAGACUCACCAGGGAGGAGGCUGUGUUGGCCACAGGAGGGCACACAGGUACCCAGGGACAGGGCCCUGCUGGGUGACCUCUGGCCUGCUUGGCUCAUGUACAAGGUACCAUGUCAAACACUGAGAACAGGGCCAGAGAUGGCAAAAUGGCCCCACAGUCCCGUUGUCCUGGCCUGGUCACUUAGCCACUAUCGGGCCUCUUGGACAUCACUAGGAACACUACAUACUUCAGAGGCCAGGGCACAGCAACCCAUGAGGUCACUCUGGCUCCAGCCCAAUCUCGGGGGACAGGGGCUCCUGUCUGCAAACUGCUGAUGGUAUUUAUCAAAAUAAAGAAAUUGGACCUGCA